AUGGAGAUUCCACCGGACGUUCCAUCCUGUGCACUGACGUGCCUGAUUUCAGCUGUCGGUAACUCGACAUGUUCCUUCAACGACCUCGACUGUGUCUGCGGCGAUGCCCAGCUCAAUGCGCAGUCAACAGCCUGUGUUCUCGGGUCCUGCACGGUUAUGGAGUCUCUGUCUGCGAAGAAUAUGACAUACACAUUAUGUGGAUGGCCAACCAGUGAUGAUACGCACGUUUUCCCCGUUACCAACAUUGUCGGUAUUGUUGUCGCCAUCAUCUCUGUCGCAUUGCGCUUGACGAGUCGUGCUCUGGACAAACGAUUGGGCUGGGAUGACUUGCUGAUCUUCAUUGCUCUGCUUUUUGCUGCCUCAAUUUCCGGCAUUGGACUUAAACUCAAGGAUACCGGUCUCGGCAAAGAUAUAUGGACCGUUCCGUUCGAGGAUAUCAGGCGAACACUCAAGCUGUUCUUUAUUGAGGAAGAGCUCUAUUGCAUAUGCAUUGCUCUUGUAAAAUGUUCUAUGCUGAUGCUCUAUCUUCGUCUCUUUCCGAACAGGGGCUUACGCAUUGCUGUUUUCGUCACUCUUACCUGUACCCUCUUGUGGGGCGUUGGAGCAUUUUUCGUCUUACUCUUUUCUUGCCGCCCAAUAUCUCACUAUUGGAACUCAUGGGAUGGGGAGCAUAAAGGUAGUUGUCUCAGUCAUAACGAUAUCCUUCUCGCACAUUCUACCAUCAACAUCAUUCUUGACGUUGCUAUCACUAUCAUACCUAUGCCGAUUGUGCUUAAGCUCCACAUGCCGGUUGGGAAACGUCUUGCGGUAUUGUUCAUGUUUGGCGUAGGCUUAGCGGUCACCAUUAUCAGUAUAAUGCGGCUCGUGGAAACAGUGGGAUUCAACAGCACACAAAACCCAACAAAGGAUUUCGUCCCGGUGGGAAUAUGGAGUCUUUUGGAGUUCGAUGUGGCCAUCCUAUGUGCCUGCAUGCCAGCCAUGAGAACAUUAUUUAUUCGCCUCGUCACGAAGCCAACUGACACCUAUGCUUACGGCUCAAAUCGGUACAAUUACAAGGUCAGCGGUGCUUCUGUUUCCCAAACUGCAAACAGCUCCCGUGCCCGGCAGUCGCAACACAUAUCUUCAAAAGCGCUCCCGUCCACUGUAACCACGGUCGAAGGCGUCCGACUAGAGCAGGAGUUUAUUCGGCUCGAGGAAGUCGAGACCGAAUCGGGAUCUCUUAAGCAAGACACUCAUAACUCUUACGAAGACCCGAGGACUCGCUCAGCGGCUCAUUUAGUCCGCAAGGAGAGUUCUUGA